AUGGGCGAGCGGUCGGCGGGUGUCCGGCACGUACGGAACGUCGACUGGCUGCAGGUGUCGGCGGUUACGCACAUGAUACGUCCGCUCACCGGCUCGACCGAUGAUCUGCUGGGGAUCGGUCCAGCAGCGCUCUCUUGGCACGCGGAGAUGGAGACGGAGCCGCGCCUGCCGGAGAAGCGGCGCCGGCGGGCCACCGGCCAGGAGCCGGUGUCGGCGCCGGCGCCGGCGCCGCUGUCGGUGCGCCAGCUGCAGGUCGAUGCGGCUGGCGGUGAGCCCCUGGUAAUCCGUACCCCAGCCGGUACGGAGGCCACCAGCAAGAUGCAGCAGAUUCUGCGCGCGCUCGGCCGCAGGCCUCGCCAGAGACGCGCCCGGAAACUCUCCAACGCCGCUCAGCUGAAACAGACCCAGGAGGGGGUCAUUGACCUGGAGACGCCGGACAGUAUCCUCACCAGAGUGCAGGUGAAGUCUCUGCUGAGCCGGUCGGCCUUCUGCCGGCUGCCGUCGCUCUACCAGCUGCAGCUGGCUAAGAUGCUGCCCGACGCCGACGGACCCAGCGGAUCAGACGGAACCAUGAAACUGGGCGGGGCGAGCCUCAACAACGAGUUCCUGGCUCGCGCCUGUCAGCAGUGGCAGGAGCGACUGAGGCGGGGCGAGUUCACGCACGAGAACCAGCACAAGUACCGCGCAGACGUGGACAUGAUGCGGCGCCGGCUGGACCCCUGGAAGGCGCGGAACUUUGAGCCGGUCUGGGGCCGGCGGCCGCGCCGCUCCGGCAGUCCGGUGACGCGUGAGGCCCAGUCGGUGCUCGGCACCGCCCUGCCGCCGGUGCCCGCCGCCGCCGCCGCCGCCGUCCUACCAGCCGCCGCCGCCACCACCACCGCCCCGGCGGCCGUCCCCGUCUCGGCGGCGGCAGCAGCGAGCAGCGCACCCAGCGGCUCGGCCGCCGCCUCGUCCGUACCUGAAGUGAAGCCAAAGAGGUCGUGGGCCACGCCGCCGCCGGAGUCAGCCGAGAGAGCAGCCGGCGCCGAGGACGAAGAGUGGAGCUCCCCCAACGACGUGUCUCUCGAGUCCACCACGUGGUCUCCGACUGAGGAAGCGGACGACUCGGGUCGGACCGAGGACGAGCUUCCUCCGGCCGAGGAGGACGAGGACGACGUCGGCGAGGAGGAGGAGCCCGAGGAGGAGGAACUGGAGAGGAUGAUGGAGCAGGUGGAGGAGGAGGAGGACGAGGAAGAAGAGCCGGAGGAGGCGGCCGCCGAGGUGGCCGUGUUUGUGGCCGGGUCGGUGUGCGGCACCCCGCCGGCGCCCGACAGCCCGCCGCGGGUGCAGCUGACUGCUCUGGUGGCCCCGCGCGCCGCCGGACGGAGGGACUCCCCGCCGCCGUCCCCGCCGCCGGCCGGUGUCGGCGUGUCCGUGCUGCCGGUCGGUGUGAGCUCCUCUGGGGGACCGAGCGGCUCGGAGAGGGCCGCGCCGGCUGACCCUCUCAUCACCACCAUCUCGAUCACGACGGCCAACUCGGAGCCCUCCUCUCCGGCCAGCGAAGUCGGCGGCGAACAGGGCACGGAGGAGGAGCCUCCGGCGGCGGCGGCGGCGGCGGCGGCCGAACCCGUCACCGUGGAGCUGCAGACCGCGGCGGGACGGCCGCCUGACCGGCCCACCUCCCCCGCCGAGCAGGAGGAGCAGGAGGAAGGAGAAGAUGAGGACGAGGAGGAGGAACAGCGGGUAACGAUAGUGCCGGUGCCUGGUCCGGCGCCGGCCCCGGCCGUGCAGGCAGUGUCAGAGGCUGUUGAGGGGAUGGAGAGCGACACCCCGCCGACAGUGACCCCAGCGGUGGCGUCUCCGGCUCGGCAGGAGGAAGUCACUGUGACGCCUCUGGUGACGCCGAGCACGUCACCGGCCCCGGCGGCGGUCCCGGCCGCGCCUCACCGGUCGCCGCCGCCGGCAGCGUCUGCCACCCUCUCCCCCGCCGCUGCUGCUGCCGCUGUCUCUGCCGCUGCCGUGGUGGUGUCGUCUGCCGCUCCAGCUCCGGUCGCCGCCUCAGUCCCGGCUCCGGCGGUCUCCACGACGGUGCGGCCGGCGCUGGCGGUAUCCGCCGGCCAGCCCCAGCCGGUGGCCGUGGCCGGUACCCUUCCCCUGCCGGCCACGGCGGGCGCUCAGCCCCGGCCACAGACCUCGGCCGCGCCCGUCGCGCAGCUGCGCACCAAGGGGAAGGGACGUGGGCAGGCCGGCAAAGCGGGUAAGGCGGCCCGUCCGCCGGCGGGUACGGUGAACCUGGAGCGCUCCUACCAGAUCUGUCAGGCGGUCAUCAACAAGUCGCAGAACCGCGCUCAGCUGCAGGCGCAGCUCAAACCGCUGCCGGCGCUGCUGGCGGAGCGCGGCGGCCCGGCCGGCCGGCGCUCGGCCGCCCCCACCGCCGCCGCCGAACAGGCGGCGCCGCUGGUGCUCGGAGAACUGGGGGAGAACGGAACCGUGGUGCUGCGGAAGGACCUGCUCGUCCGCGGCAAACAGAAGGUCUAUCAGAUGACUGACAGCAGCGGUAAGACGGUGCUGGUGAUGCGACCUGUCCUCGAGUCACCACGCGCGUCCAGCGCCCCGCCCGACCGGCCGCCGGCCGUCCUCCACCGGCUGGCCCGACCGAGCUCCACGGGCGGCGCCGUGCAGCUGACCCAGCUGACCCAGCUGACCUCCCAGCCGGCGGGACAGCACCAGCUCCUACAGCAGCAGCAGCACCAGCAGCACCAGCAGUUCAUACAACAACAGCAGCAGCAACAGCAACAGAUGGUCACACACCAACAGAUGUUACAGCAACAACAGAUGCAGGCGAGACAACAGCAGCAGCAGCAGCAGCAGCAGCAGCAGCAGCAGCAGCAGGUUCAACAGCAGCAAAUUCAGCAACAGCAACAUGUACAGCAGCAACAGGUACAACAGCAGCAGCAGCAGCAACAACAUGUUCAGCAUGUACAGCAGCAGCAGCCACCACAACCACAACCACAACAGCAAGUGCACCAGCAACAGCAGCCUGUGCAACAGCAGCAGCAGCAGCAUCUCAUGGUUCAGCAGCAACAGCAGCAGCACUUUAUCAGUCAGCAGAUGCAGCAGCAGCGGCAGCAGCAGAUGCUGGCCGCCCAGCAACAGCAGCAGCAGCAGCAGCUGUCUAUGAUGCAGCAGCAGCAGCAGCAGCGGCCCGGUGUACCGCAGCAGCGGUUCAUGCUGGACCCGAAUCAGAACGUGUCUGUGCGGCCGCGUCAGUGGACGCCGGCGGUAACCGCCUACCGGCCGGCGCAGUUGGACAAUGGCGCCACGCAGUAUGUCAGUCUAAACCAGCAGGUGGUGCAGAUUCAGAACUCUCCCAACCCCACGGCGGCCGGGGCGGCGGCGGCGGCCGCAGCCGCAGCUGCAGCGGCAGCCGCCGCGGCCGCGCCCGUCUCGGCCGGCCAGUCCAUGUUCCACCUGCAGCCGGGCGGCCGGCCCAUGGUGAAGGUGGUCUCGGGCGGCGGCGGCGACUGCGGCUGCAGCCUCAAGGCCAUGGUGAUGUGUCAGAAGUGCGGCGCGUUCUGCCACGACGACUGUAUGCCGGGUCCGCCGCAGCCGGCCGUCUGCACCACCUGUCUGGCGUGCCGGUGAUCGGCGCGCGGCGAGUCGACUGCCGACGGCGGCGCGAGGCAUCCCCGCGGCCGCCGGCGUGUGUGAUAGUGCCUUCGCUGUGUGAGUGCGCGUGGUUUUAGCAGCGGUCGGCGCGUCAGCCGGCUGAGUGUACUGGCCCCCGAGUCCGGCGGCCCAUAUGAUCUAUUAUCGCGCGGCGCGUUCCCAUGCUUUCCAGUGCGGGCGUUGAUCUUGUUCUUUUUUACCUAAUGCAGUUAAGGGUAUUUUGUUUAUAGUGCACUGAUAUUUAUUGUACUGCAUUCACCGUCGGGCGAUGUUCAACGCCAUUUGUAAAAUACAUAUGAUGUGCGCA